GAGUCCACUAAAUCCUACCCGAAACUAGUGUAACGAAAGGGAGACAUUGAGUUUGAGGGUUCUGGUCUGCCUCUGAUCUUCAGAGCGCACGGCCAUGGCAGGCUCCGUUACGAAUAGCAAGGGUUCCCCUUUUUCCAGUCAUAAAAAUAUUCGAUGCCAUCACUGUGCAGGGCCUCUCUUGAAAGAGAUGAUUGGCUCAGCGGUUGGCGGCACAGCAAGUGCAUUUUAUGGAUUUAACCACGUUGUACCUGUUGUUCGAACAUGGGUAAAAGGACUCAUGUGGUUGCAUUUUCUCAUUGGUACACCACCUGUGAUUGUAUUCUCUUCAGCCUGUGCAGGUCUGACAGGUGGGGCUGUUCCUGCUGUAGCACAGCUCAUUUCAUCGUCUUAUCAUGCAGCAUGGUCAUCCCGUACUCUACCUCCGCCUGCAAACGAUGAGAAGAUCCACAAGUCUAGAACUUCCGCCACUCUUUAAUUUAGCAUAUACAACGGUUUUCUUCCCCCAGGCAGGCAUACACACUGGUUGAACAGAGAAACUUUGUUUUCCUCUUAUAAAUGACGCCCUUCAGUUUUGUCCAGUUCUCCACGAUGCAACACUCAUGUGAGGUGUGAACCUUGUAUUGAGAUCACAGCGGCAUAUCUUCUGUGAUUCAUAAGUUUUGUUUAAUUUUUUUGGGUUAAAAUUCUUUCUAACAGCUUUAUGUGAAAUUCGGCCUAUUAUUUAUACCUUUUUAACAGCUAACUAGACUGUACUGGUGUAUUGUCGAGAACAGUGCUUCCACUCGAAAAUGAUUAUGAUAUUUCAAUUUCAAUA